AUGACUUUCCCGCUACAGUCUACCGCCACUAAGCUCAAGAACAUUGUCCCUCUUCUCGAUCGCGUCUUGGUCCAGCGCAUCAAGGCUCAAGAGAAAACCGCCACUGGUAUUUUCAUCCCCGAGAAGGCUCAGGAAACCUUGAAUGAGGGUGUUGUCGUUGCUGUUGGCAAGGGUGCUCUUAACAAGGAAGGUGGCCACAUUCCUUUGCAAGUUGCCCAGGGUGACAAGGUCAUCCUUCCUCCUUUCGGUGGUAGCUCUGUCAAGGUUGCAGGCGAGGAAUACCUCUUGUUCCGUGACUCCGAAAUCCUCGCCAAGAUCGAGUAA